AAAAGUUUGCGUUACUCGCGCGCGGUCACGCGUGCCAUGUGCGUGUCACAAAUUAAAAAAAUUCUUUCACGGGUGAAGAAUUUCCGGCUCCCCGCAAACCUGUAACUUUACACCCCUGGGCUAUUUUUGAGAGGUUUCGUUGUUCAUGUCUCUUGGAGACGGAUUCACUUCACAACAACACUGAUCACAAUUCCGAGUUGGAACGGUAGAAGUAGCGAGUCAAGGGCUGUGGAUGAUCCAUUGCUUCUUGCACAAAGAUGUCUUCUGAUGAAGAAACGCUGCCAGAUGACGAUGGACUGCCGUAUCUCGGUGAAUAUGACGGCGAAAGAAACGAGAUGGAGGAACGGCACGGAUUUGGACGAGCAAAGCUGCCUAACGGGGAUACGUAUGAAGGUUAUUACGAAAACGGCAAGCGACACGGCGAAGGAGUUUACAGGUUCAAAAAUGGCGCGCGAUAUAAGGGACACUAUAUAGAGGGCAAGAAAAACGGUGAAGGCGUGUUCCUGUAUCCAGACGGAUCUAAGUACGAGGGGAGUUGGAUCAACGAUUUACGAAGUGGCUUGGGAACUUACACAUACCCUAACGGCGACACCUACGAUGGAGAGUGGGCCCUAGGAAGCCGGCAUGGCCACGGAGUGUAUACGUACAAGGAGACUGGGUCCCGCUACGAUGGCCGAUGGUUUCACGGCAAGAUGCAAGAGGAGGGACAUCUCAUCCAUUCAAAUCACAGAUAUGUUGGAAACUUUGAAGAAAAUAAGCCAAGAGGACGAGGCAAGUACGUGUUCGAUUCGGGCUGCGAACAGCUCGGAAAGUACGUGUGGAAAGAAACGGAAAAUAUAGGCGAGCAUGAGGAAGACGAGGCGGAGAUUAUAGUUACACCGAUGUGGGAGGGCCAAGAGAUAUGCGCCAUAAAUGAACAUGUACAAGAGUAAUCCUUCACUAAGCGUUUCCAACAUUUUUGUUUGUUUCGUUUUGAGUUUUUUAGGCCUUUUAGUUGGUUCCGGCGUACUUCCAGAGUGAUUUUAAUUAGCCUGCGAAAUCCUUCUGUAUUCGCAGGCUAUGAGUGAAUAUGGUGUUUUGUUAACCAAUCAUGUGCUUGUAAAGGCAGUCGUGAUUUGCUGGCGCCGUUUUUCCCGCGCUUUGCUAGUGCGCCAUUACAUGUCUCUUCACUGUGAUUGGUUGAAGCUUAUUGUACAAGUUUUCUAACAAACCAAACGAAAAGCCACGCAAUUUUUAGCUAUAGUAAUCUGUCUGCUGGAACAACCCUAUGUAACGACUAGUUUAGGAACUCCGGGGAAAAUUUUGAAACGUGCUUUGUGAUUCCGAUUGGUCAGCAAAAUACAAGAAUUACCAUUGCGUUAUAAGAAUCCACACUCAACGGCAUCAGAUUUAACUUACGAAAAUCUGCAAUCCUCAAAAGAUACAAGGAAUGAAAUUUAGAGAAGUACAAAGUAAAUGUAAAAGGAGAGCAUUCUUUAUUUUGUAAGCUUUUUUUUUUUUUUUGCUAAAAGCAAGUAACUUCAUAGCAUAUAAAAUUACUAUAACCCGUUUUCUUACCUGUGCGGAGAUAUUUAAAACGACUUAAAUAAUUAUAACAAGCGAGCGUUAAAUAACAUUACAUUUUUGUUGAAGAUUCUAUGCAAGUCACAAACGGCACCAAUUCAAUUUUAUUUUGUAUCAUAUUGAAUCAGUAUUAAACUAUAGCGACAAUUUCAUGAAA